ACCGUUUUGAACCAAACUUGAUUUUCGUCGAAGCGCGCGAUUUCCUCGCCGCAUAUGGAUGGGUUCUUAGAACGCGUAAGGAUCGGUUCGUAGCACGCAUAGCGUAUCGUGGUUCGCGUCGACGUCCGUCGUCGCAUCACGUCAUGCCUCGAUAUCGUCCCGUCGUCUGUUCCGUCAAGCUGCUCGCCCUGCUGCUCACUGCCGUCGCCGUCACUCUUCCCUUCCUCACCUUCCGCCUGCCGCCUCUCGACCUCCCCGCACUCGCCGCUCGUCGCGACCUCCGCCGGUUCUUCCGCGCGCCUCCCCGAUCCCAGCAACGUUUCGAUUAUCGUCCAUCCGCGCUUGUCCAAACCGAGCAGCCCUUCGAGGCUCGGCAAUCCGAGCCUGUUAUAAUCGAGCCGCCUUCGCACGGAGUCGUCGAUUCGCUGAGAAAUCUCGGGCCAGGGAAUGGACGACUCGCAGUUAGCUCCGAUUCUGGCGGGAAUCGCGGCGGUGCUCACGGGAAGACGAAGCUGCAGGGGGGGCUGGCAUGCGUGGAACUUUGGAGAAAGUUCCAGGAAUUGCAGCAGGCGAUGACUGACCUUCAGGCGAAUUAUUCACAGCUCGCUCUGCAGCAUUCGGCUCUCACGUCGGCGCAUUCAGCCCUUCAGUCGCAAGCACAGCAGCAGCAACGCACCAUCCAAUCAUUGCCAACGCAAUCAGCAAUUUCCGGUCCUGCAGAGGACCAACCGAUUCCAGCCGGAUUGAGGGCAGACGGGGUUCGUGAAUCAACGCCAGAGUUGGCGAGUGCUUCUAGGGGGCGUUCUUAUAACGGGCCUGCUGAAGGGCCUGAGGCGGCCAGAGGAGGAGUUUCCUCCGGUGUAGUAGCACGUGGGGCUUUCACAGAGGGGUCAGUGUUGCCGGGAAAACCAGAACCAGAGUCGGUUGGGGGGGGUUUGGAGGGUGACUGCGAGAGUGCACUGAUGGCGUGCCAGCAGCAGCAGGAGCUGAUGAAGUUAGCCGGGGGGGAUGGGGGGGACGGAGGGGAGGGAGGCGAGGGGGGAGGCGGCGAUGUGCUGCAGGAGCUGGCAGCGGGGAUGAAGAGCCUCGAGGUGUCGUUCCGCCUGGCGCUGUGGAAGGAGGAGCAUUGCCAGGCCAAUCAGAGCGCGCUGAGGUGGACCAAUCAGAUGCUCCGGCACGACGUCUCCCACCUGAUGGCAAAGCUAGAGGCGUGUGGCACGAGUGGCAGUUUGCACUCGCAGCAUCAACUGGAGGGAGGGGGCAGAGGCCAGGGCAGGAAUGCGCGCCAUGGUGCUCGCGAGGGCCUUGGGGGCGCUGUGGGUGCGACGGACCGAGCCCUCUUGACUCUGUGGGAAGCUUCCCCGUCCCUUCAGCUGAGAGAUGUGCGCAGCGCUGCUGUGCAGGAGGCGCUGAGAGAGCUGAGGCGGGCAGUGAGGGGCGAGGGGGAGAUAAAGGAGGGGGGAGGGAAGGAGGGGGGAGGCGAAGAGGCAAGGGAGAGAGAGGGGCGGAAGGGGAGACAGUUUGAGACUCUGGGUGUGGGUGGAGGGAAUGUUACGGUAGCGGGGGAGGAGGUGUGGUUGAGUGAGGAGGAGGAGGAGCGGUUAGUGCCUGCAGCACCGCAUGUGGAGGACUGUGAAUCGCUGGCCAGGGAUGUCAGCCUUCUCGAUUCGCGGUCUGCUGACGGGGCGCUCCCCGAUUGGUCGGUUUGGGGCGGCAGGCUGGCAUUAGUGGCACAAAGAUUGGAGGAGAGGGAAAGGGAAAAGGUGAGGAGGGAGAGAGCAAGGGAAGGAGAGGGGCGUGGGGAUACGGAAUCAGAGGUAGCGGGGCCAGUGCAGGAGGAGGAGAGACAGCUGAGGAAAGAGGAGCAGGCGCGGUUAAUAAGGCAGGAGGGGCGGGAGAGGUCACUCGAGCAUGAGGAGGAGGAGAGGCAGUUGGAGCAGGAGGAGCAGGCGAGGUCGCUGGAGCACGAGGCGCUGCGGCGGCAGGUGGAGGAGCGGAUGAGGGAGCGGGUGGGGGCGAGCCAGGAGGAGGCGGAGGUGGCGGCAUGGAUGGCAGCAGCACGGGACGAGCAGCUCAUGGGCGCCAGCAGGAAGACUGUUCUCGGGCCGUACCCGCCCUGGGUGGCAGGAGCAGACGAGGGCAAUCUGGUCAUGACCCGCCGCGCGCAGCGGGACAUUUGGGUGCAGCAGCACCCCACGGACUGCGCCCACCCCUCAGUCAAGUUUCUUGUGGUGGACGUGCUGAGGAAGGUCCGUGGAAGGUUCCUGGGCGUGGGCGCGCAGGUCAACUGGCUGGCGGGCGUGCUGGGGACGGCGGUGGGGGAGGGGCGGGUGAUGGUGAUCCGGCACUACCACCGGGCGGAUCAUGACGGGUGCACUGGUGUCCAUAGAGGCCUGUGGUCCUGCUACUUUGUGCCAGAGACCUCCCCUGAGUGCCGCCAGCAGGCCCUGCAGCUACUGCACUCUACCCACCCCAGUCACGCCUCCCCCACUCUCGCCUCUCCUCUGGGAAAUGGCUCCUCUGGUGGUGGUGGCAGCGGUGCUGCUGCUGGGAAUAAUGCGAGUGACAGCAGCGGGGGGGAUUGGAGUGCGAGGAGGGUGACUUUAUGGAAUGAGUACCUGGACAGCAAUAAGACCAAUUUCUUCACCAUCAACUAUCCUACCAUAUGGGGUAAUCCGUGGAAGCACAUGCAUCCGACGGUGGACGUGCAUGGAAGGCUCAUUCGAUGGACAGCGUUCAAUCGCCACCGUUGGUGGUUCGCCCAGGCGUCUACCUACCUCAUGCGCUACCCCUCCCCCCGUCUCUGCCUGCUCCUCAAUCGCGCCCGCCACCACGCCUUCGGCCCUUCCCUCGCCGCCCGGGCAGCCCGCUUCCUGCCUGCCGAUUGGCCGAAAUCCGUCGAGCAGCUGCCCGGUUUCACCGCCCGAAACGCCCUCGGGAGCGAGGGGAAAAUAGAGGAAAUCUGGCGGGCGACUGGCGGGGGUGUACAUGGUAGUAAAGGGGCGCCUCCAGGCGGACAUCUAUCAGGAGGAGGAGCAUAUCUGCCGGAGGGGCUGGUGGCGGUGCAUGUGAGGCAAGGGGACAAGGCAGGGGAGAUGGCGAUUGCAGGGCUUGACGUGUACCUGGCGCUGGCGGGCAGGGUGAGGAGACAGUUCCCCUAUGCCGACUCGGUGUGGCUCAGCUCAGAGAUGCAGUCUGUUAUCGACUCCACCAAGCACUACACUCGCUGGCUCUUCCAUGCCACGGACUUUCCCAGGCAAGCGCUGGGUGAAUCCAUGGAUGCAUACGACGCACGGGUGGGCGAGCAAGCGGCCACAGAAAAUGCCUUCGUGAAUCUUCUUAUAUCUGCGGAUGCUGAGUUCUUUGUGGGCACCAUGGGGUCGACGUGGUCCGUUCUGAUUGAAAAUCUGCGCGUGGCUGGGCGGGGGAAGGCGCGGAUUGGAAUGCUGAGUGUCAAUAGGGACCGGUACUGGUUCGGGGAAACGUGGGAGAUAUGGAAGGACUUGUACAGGAAUAUCACUGUGUAAAGUCUUUGUACCGGUAUUCAGUUGUUCGCACUUUUAGAAAAUCAAAGCUUGUAGAUGUG